AAUCUCUGUUUUACGGACUCCGCGUGUCAACAGUCAUGCCUUCCGCCUAUUACGCUUCCGAAGUUGUGAAACUUAUGAAAGCGUUGGCUUUAGCGUGUUUGCUAUAGCUAAAAGGACUUAUGGCUCUACCGGGGUGCAGUAGAUCGCGUCGCCUUCCAUCGCGUCAGUCGCGCGCCGCCUCCUCGGCUCGGCGCGUGGUGCUGCUUCGACGGCCGUCGUCGCUGCUCCACUCCUCCGUCCUCCUCCUCAGCUGCAUCGUCUCGCUCUCGCCACGUGGCUCGGCCUUACUGACUGGCAGUGCGCACUGGCGCAAUGUCGAGGCCCAAUCGCGCCAUUCCACCAAACCGUCGCAGCCCGCGUGGAGGGUCAACGGGGAGGCGGAAGGGGAGAACGCGUGGGAGGGGGAACACCGCGGGACGCGUGGGGGCGCGGAGCGGGCGGGGGCAACGACAGCCGCGUGGAGAUGGGGCGCGGUAGGGGAUGGGGGGGAGGAGGAUGGGGGACAGGGGGUGUUCAGUGGCGGAAGGAAUGCGGAAAGGGUUGUGGCGGAGGGGGAUGCGAAGGGCAGAGAAGGGAGCGCGUGGGCCGGUGGGGGAGGUGAGCGGAUGGGCAUGGGCACGGAAAUGGGUCGGGGGGGCAAGGGAGCGGGGGAGAGGAGGGGAGUGAGAGGCGGUCGCGGAGGGGAUGCGGCGGCAAUGGCAUGGGGGGAGGCGGCGGCGUGGGGAGGGGUGAUGGUGCACCGGGCGAGAUGGCACUCGCACCGCCAGGGGAAGGGCGGGCAGGGGGACGGUGGGCAGGGAGAUCCCGAAAGGAUGAUUGCGGGUGAGCGAGUGAGCAGGGAGGAGGUCAUGAUGGACGGGGUACCGGAUGGCGGGAAGCCAUUGCAGCGUGCCGCAGCAACGGACAUACACAUGAGCGAUGGCGGUGGCGGUGGGGGUGGGGGUGGGGGUGGGGACGCAGAGGCAGCGAGGGGAGGUGCCUGGCAGCACCACACAAUGUGGCACUCCACCCAUGCGGCGAGGGGCGGAGAGGAGGGCGGGCGGGGGGAAGGAGAGGAGGGAGGGAAGGUGGAGGCAGCAGAGGUAGAUGUCGGGGAGACGGGAAGCAGGGAAGCGAGGAGAGACGACGGCACGGCAGGCGUGGCCGCUGCAGAAGCCGUGGAUGGGGUAUGGCACGAGGGUGGUGGAGGCAGGGCGGAUGGGGGCAGGGCUGUGGAUCGAGGAAGCCUGGGGCAGAUGAGGCAUGGGGGGAGAGAGGGAGGCGAAGGGAGUGCGGGACAUGCGCGAGGAGGUGAGGGCAGCCUAGCAGGGAGGGCUGGCAUGCCGCGAGUGCAGCACCAUGCGCUGCUGCACCACCAUGCCAUGGCGCCCCCUAGCGUGGCUCCCCCAGCCCCGCCAGGGGGGCUCACAAUGGUCGGUGAGGGCACUGGGGGCGUGGGAAGGGGAGGUGGCAUGCUACAACGCCAUGCGCUGCUGCAUGCGCAUGAAGUGGCGGGUGUGGCGCCUCCAUCCCUGCUACUGGGGCCCACAAUGGCUGGUGGUGAGGUCGGUGGAGGAGGGAGAGGUGACGCGCAGCGCCACCACGCGCUGCUGCACGGCCAUGCCAUGGCGAGAGGCGCUCCUCCGGUGCCACUGCUAGGGCUGCCCACUGCUGCUGGGGGUGGUGGGGGCAUGGGAGAGGGAGGUGAGGGGUUGGGAGGGGAGGAGGUUGGUAGGGUGGGUGUGAUGGCAGGAGGCCAUGGAGGGCAGGGAGGGAGAAGGGGUCAGCAUGCAGGAGAUGGGGGCGAGGGGGGCGAGAGUGGUCCCUGGCUGCACCACCAGCGGCUGCACUUGGGGGGGGGAAUGGAGCAGCAGCAGGUGGGUGGGGGGAUGGAGGGGCAGCAUGCAGGGGCAGGGGGGAGUGCAGCAGAUGAAAUGCUGAUGGGUGGGCGAAGCAUGGAUGCAGCCCAGCAGGGGAUGGAUGCGGCCCAGCAUGUGAGGUGGCACGCGCAUGUUGCAGCACAGAAUAAUGGCAUGCACGGUGAUGGCAUGCACGGUGAUGGCACGGCCAUGGGAGUUGGGCACCACGAAGAGCAGCUGCAGGGCGUGGCGGCGGCUCAAGCACAACAAAGGACAGACGAAGUGGCUCAAGGGGUGCAGGCGACGCAUCACAGCAGAUACCAUGUGCGGGAAGGGCGAGUGCCUGCAGUGCAUGCGGAGAGGCUGCAGAGUAACAAGGUGCUUGGAGGGAAAACGGAUGGUGGGAGGAUGGAGGGUGGGAGGGUGAAGGGCGUGGCGGAGGCAAUGGCGGAGGGUGGGAUGGAAGGCGAGGCCGUCAUCCGGCAAGGCGUGGAGCAGCACAGACCAGCGCUACACGAGCGACCGCUGAAGCAGCAGCAUGGGGUGCAUGGGCCUGGUGAGGUGGAGGUGGCAUGGACAGAUGGGGGGAGGACGGGGGGUGUGGGAGAGGCGACGGGUGACGAUGCGGGUGAGGGUGAGGGUGAGGGUGAGGGUGAGGGUGAGGGUGAGGGUGGUGCAGGGCUUCAGAUGGAGCGGCACAGGCCAAAGCUGCACAAGGGAGGGAUGGGGCAGCAGCGAGGGGUGAACGGGCAUAGUCGGGUGGAGGCUGCAUCAAGGCAGCAAGGGGAGGCGGAGAGGAAGGGAGGGGAGCAGGUGUGGGAGGCAGCUAGCGUGGGAGAAGCGAAUGUAGCAGGCGGAGGGCGUGAGAAUGCAGGGAGUGGGGGAGGAGGGCGUGUGGGUGAGCAGGAGCACGUGAGUGUCCGUGGCGAGGCAGCACAGGAGCAGGUGACACCCUCAAAGGAGCAGGGCGCGGUGGUUGGUGGGGAGAGAGUGCAGGGCAGCGCGGAUGGGCGGGGGAGUGGCGUUGGAGCCGGGCCUGAUGGAGGCCGCAGCGACGCACGGAUGGCAGCCCACCGUGCUGCAUGGCACGCGCACAACACGGGGGUUGGAGAGAGGACAGCGAGGAGCAGCGAGCAGCAGGGGCAGGGGGAGGGGCAGUGGGAGGGGCAGGGGGAGGUGCAGUGGGAGGGGCAGGAGGAGGGGCAGCGGCAGGGGGAGGAGCAGUGGCAGGGGGAGGGGCAGCGGCAGGGGGAGGGGCAGCGGCAGGGGGAGGGGCAGCGGCAGGGGGAGGGGCAGUGGCAGGGGGAGGAGCAGUGGCAGGGGGAGGAGCAGUGGCAGGAGGAGGAGCAGUGGCAGGGGGAGGAGCAGUGGCAGGGGGAGGAGCAGUGGCAGGGGGGGGGGCUGCAGGCCGAACCGAUGAACGAGGGACCUGAGGGAGGAGGAGGGAAGAAGGAGGCCGUGGAGCAGCAGCAGCAGGGGCGGGUGGACGGGCGUGUUGAGGUUGUGAGGCCACACCGUAUGCCGCUCCACCAGCACCACCAGCCCCGCCACCACCACGGCGCCGCUCCACUCUCGUCCUUCCCCAUGCCCCAUGCGCCGCCCAUCCCUGUGGCGCCCCUCAACCCCCUCGCACCAUCGCUCCCUGCUGCUGCUGCCAGCGUUAGUGAUGCGACCGGUGGCAGCAGGAGUGGGAGUGGAGCUGACAGCAGCAGCAGCGUGAGUGUGAGAGCAGCAGCAGCCGGUGGUGGUGCAGGGGCGAGUGGGGGGGGGGGGCGCGUGGACUGGCAGUCAGUGGAGACGGACAAGCAGGUGCUGCUCAACCUCAAGAUGCACGUGCUCAGCGACCCCUCAGGCACGAUGGACAACUGGAACCCCAAGGACGCCACCCCCUGCUCGUGGACGGGCGUGGAGUGCAACCCCUUCUCGCAGCAGGUGGUGGCGUUGGACCUCUCCGCCGCGUCUCUCCUGGGCGACCUGGCGUUCCAGGACCCCCCUCUGGGCGCGCUGACGUCCCUGCAGCGCCUGCAGCUGUCCGACAACCUCUUCAUGGGGUCCAUCCCCGACUCGCUCUCCAACAUCCGCAGCUUACAAGUCCUGGAGCUGUCCAACAACCAGCUGGACGGCUUCAUCCCGCCCACGCUCUUCGCCAGCCUGCCCUCGCUCGCCGCUGUCGACCUCAGCCACAACACGCUCUCAGGGCCCCUGCCCCAGGACGUGUCCGCCAUGCAGUCGCUGCUGUCGCUGGACGUCAGUGGCAACCGCUUCGAGGGGCCGCUGCCAGAUGACCUGUCGACGCUGCGGCAGCUGUCGCAGCUGGUGCUGGACGGCAACGCGGGACUCACAGGGCCCUUGAGCCCCGCCGUGCUGGGCUCGCUGCCCUCCCUUCAGGUUCUCUCAGCACGGGGCUGCAGCUUCAACGGCUUUCUGCCGCCUGCUCUUGGCUACGCCCCCCGCCUGCAAAAGCUGGAUCUGGGCGGCAACCAGCUGGGGGGCGGCAUCCCGCCCACGUGGGGGCAGUUGGGCAGCCUGACGUCGCUGACCAUGGAGGGCAACCAGCUGUCAGAGAGCAUUCCUAGCGCACUCGAUGGGCUCACUGCCCUGCAGAGGCUGGACCUGAGCAGCAACGCCAUCAGCGGCACCAUCCCCGCGCUCAACGGCCUCACCGCGCUCUCCGCGCUCAACCUCUCCUCCAACCAGCUCACAGGGCCCAUCCCCACCGACGGCGUCUUGGGAAGCUUCCCGUCGUCUUCCUUUGCCGGCAACCCCGGUCUUUGCACUGGGGUCUGCGCCUCGCCCCCUGCUACCCGCCCUCCCCCCACCAUUGCCCCGCCUGUUCUCCCCCCACCAACGCUGUUCCCCCUGCCCGUUCCCAUGGCUCCUCUCCCCCCUCUCUCCCCCCCGCCUCCCCCCUACGUUGAGCCGCCCCCCUACAGUCCUCCAACUCCUCCCCCUGCAAUCCCUCCCUCACCAGCUCCUCGGCCUCCUCCCCUCUCCCCCCGACCUCCUCCCCUCUCUCCCCGACCUCCUCCCAUCUCCCCCCGACCUCCCCCUCUCCUGAAACGUCUGGUGCUGCCGUCCAACAGCACCAAGCCCAUGGCGGUGAGCGCCAUCUUCGCCUUCUCCCUCUCGGCCGUGCUGGGCGCGGUGCUCAUCGCCGUCUGCUUCACCAUCAACCAGCCCUACUCCUCCCACCCGCCCUCGCAAGCGUGGGCAGCAGCAACGGGAGGAGCAGGGGGAGGAGCAGGGGGAGGGGGAGGCGGAGGGGUGCUUGGGGGAUUCUUAGGGGGGGUUGGAAUGGGGGGGGCAGCAGCGGGGAUGGCGGGCAGGCACUCUUCUUCGUCUCAGCAGCUCGUCACCAUGUUCAACGGCCAAUCAAUGCACGUGGAUGAGCUCCGGUCAGCCACGGAAAAUUUCGGGCCUGGGCAGAUGAUGGUGGGGGGAGCGGGGCCCAGCGGAGCAGUGUCGUUCCUGGCAGAGAUGGCGGACGGGGCGUCCGUGUAUGUGGCAAAGCAGCUGCCCCCUCUGCCUGGAGGGGAGGCCUGCAACUUCGUGUUCGAGAGUGAGGCUCGGGUGCUGGCAUCGGUGCGGCACGACAGCAUUCUGCCGGUGAUAGGGUGCUGGGAGAGUAGGGCAGGGGAGGGCAUGCGCGUGCUGCUGUACGAGUACAUGCCCAACGGCGACCUCAGGGAGUUCCUCUACGACGAGCUCGCGUCUCGCAAGUCCCUGCAGUGGCCCGUGCGCUUCCGAGUGGCCAUGGGGGUGGCUAGAGGGCUCUCCUUCCUGCACGGGGGAGCGGGGGGUGUGGGAGGAGUAGCAGGGCCCAUGGCGCACGGCGCCGUGCACCCGGGCAACGUGCUGCUGGAUGGGCGCAUGGAGCCCCGCCUGGCGGACAUGGGUGUGGCGCGGAUCGCCUUUGACACAGAUGAUGUGCAAGUGGCCGAUGAGAUCAUGGGGUACACGCCGCCCGAGUAUUCAGCGGGCCCCACCCCGCCAACCCCAGCGGGCGACGUGUACAGCUUCGGCGUGGUCCUCCUGGAGCUGCUGACAGCGCGCCCGCCGGUGGACCCCGCCUUCACGGACAACGGCACGGGCGACCUGAUCGGGUGGGUGCGCGCGACCAUGCAGGCGGGGCAGCCGGGCGAGGCGCUGGACCCGCGCAUGGCGGACGUGGCGGAGAGCGGCGACGAGAUGCUGCAGUUCCUCAAGGUGGCGCUCGUGUGUGUGGCUGAGGAUGCGGACGAGCGGCCGGGCAUGCGGGAGGUGGUGGAGAUGAUGGUGCGGGCCAGGGAGACAGCGGCCAAGAUCAGAGAGAACCCGCAGAUCAGGGACCUGCUGGAGUGAAAAUGGGAUGAUUGGGAGCAAUGAUUGAUUUCUUGGCUCUGCUAAAGCGUUUGUUCUCCAUGAGGUACUGCCUCGCUUAUGGCCUACCUUGACCCAUCACUGGCGCGUUGCUGGGACCUGGACUCUGGUCCUGGAGUGUUGUGCUGGCCACUUGAUUGUUAAAAUUAUAUAAGUUAUAAUUUAAUAUAGGCUUGGUAGGUUG